AUGGAGGCUACCUGGCGAAUCUUGGAAUUUCCACUGCAAGGCCGAUCACAUUCCGUGAUAGCGCUCCCGGUACAUUUGCCUGGCGAUAGACAGUUCAUGUUGGAUGAAUUGGAAGAAGGUUUCACAGAAGCUAAUUUUGAAAAUGUUUUCAAUAAAUCGACAAAGCUUGAAGCCUUCUUCCAAUUGAACCGAUGUGAUGCUAGAGCCAGGCAAUACUAUUAUUAUGAAAUACCGGAGCACUAUGUAUGGAAUGUAUCGACCGGGGAGUGGCAGCCAAGACGUCAGCGUAGCAAACAAGUAGGUUGCGUCGUCAACGUCGAACCUUUUGGGAAUGAACGGACGGAGUUGUGGUACCUUCGCUUACUUUUGUCCAGAAUAAAGGGCCCAACUUCGUUCGAACAUCUCAAAAGAUUGGUCGAUGACGACGAUGCUAGCGUUACUGAAACUUUCGGGGAAUCGUGCCGUCGUCGAGGAUUGCUAAAUGCCGACGACAAUUAUUUCGAUAGGUGCUUGUCGGAGGCUUCGCUCUUUAGGCAGCCCCGGAAAUUACGACGACUCUUUGCACAUCUCUGCUGCAUUACAAGGGACGGGGACAUGGACAUUAUGGGGCCGCUUUUUACAAAAUACAUACGACAAUUCACAUACGACUACGUCACCUUACAGCGCAUUCCUUCACGGGAGGCUGUAAGGUUGGCUUACGAAGACAUUGCAGCAGUUGUGCAAAGAAACCGACACGACAUUGACUUAUUACAAUUUAACAUACGACCAGAUCUACCAGACAAUGACUUACCUGAUGACUUUGACGACGAACCAAUGCCUCCAUCCAUUGACAAUUUUAGCGGUGGUUUAGUUUUUAAUGUCGAUGGUAACGAUCGCGUCCGUCGCGAGAACAACAACGACGACGAUUUGCCUUUGAUUCAACGACAAACAGAAGAGGAGGAAGGAAGGAGAGAACCCCAACAUCGCGCACCUCUUCAAAAUUCCGUCGAAUCGCCAAAUAAUGAGCAAAUUGAGACUCAUUCGAAUAUCGUUACCAACGGCAAUAAUAACGACAACUCCGUUAGAAUUGACAAUGUUACUGACGUAGACAAUUAUCAGGGGGACAAUAACAGUGACUAUGACAUAUACAACGAAUUUUUGAACGACGACAUUGAUGACAAUAACAUUGACAAUUUUUUGCAAGACAUCUUCAGGGACGAGACAACGACGAUGGCCAUCGAAGAUAUCUUCGUUGGUGAGGACGAUCUGUGUAAGGGGACAGUUCCGCAACGCGAGAGGUUCCAAUUAGAACGACGCGUCGCGACCGAAUAUCACGCGGGAACCUCUCGUCUACACGAGGAUUAG